AUGGCACUCGAUCCAGCGAUCCUAGCGCUACUUAAGCUGGAUCCUAGUCGGACUACUGUGGUCCCCUCCGGCAAGGGGUCUAGCAGUGCGUCGACAUCCAAAAUCACUGCAAGAUUCGACGAUGGAUCAGAAAAGUCCUUCUUCCUGAAAACGCUGACUGGCGAGCUUGGCCCGUUGUUGGUCCACGGAGAACAUGCGUCUCUGCAAGCGAUACACUCGGCUGUGCCAGAUCUGUGUCCCCAGUCGUAUGGCUUCGGCACCCUACGAGAAGCCCCGAGUACGUCCUUCCUCGUCCUGGAGUUUAUCCAGUUGUCACCCCCUUCGUUCCCGUCCGCCUUCAUGCAAACGCUCUACCGCCGCGCAUCUCUGGCUACAGAACUUGGGAAGUUACAUUCAACCCCCGCCCCUGUUCCCAACGGACAUACGCGGCCGCAGUUUGGCUUCCCCAUCACGACGUGCUGCGGUGACACGCCGCAAGACAACUCUUACAAAGAUUCAUGGGCACAGUUCUUUGUCGAAAACCGUCUACAACAUAUGCUGAUGCGGGUGGAAAAGAAACAUGGCGAGGAUUGUGAGCUUCGUCGGCUCGUGGAAGGCAUCGUUGCUCGUGUCGUGCCUCGCUUGAUUGGUGAUGACCACCUCAACAACGGGAAACGAGUAACUCCUGUCGUAGUCCAUGGAGACUUAUGGAGCGGUAAUGCCUGCAUGGGGGUGUUUGCUGGGGGGAAGCCGCAGGAAGUCGUCUACGGCCCUUCUUCAUGUUAUGCUCACAGCGAGUAUGAGAUCGGCAUCAUGAGGAUGUUCGGAGGAUUUGGGAGCAGCUUCUUCACUGAGUAUCACAAGCAUGUCCCGAAAACUGAGCCUGUCGACGAGUAUGAAGAUAGAAUUGUGCUGUAUGAGAUGUAUCAAUAUCUCAAUCACUACCUGAUAUUCCGGGGAGGAUACAAGGACGACGCGAUGGAUGUAAUGAACGGCCUCAUGCAUAAGUAUGCGGAUUGCGACGACUUCUGA